GCGGGAGCGGGAGCGGUAGAACAGAAGCUGCGCUCAUACUGAUCGCAUGUUGUUGUGCAAGGUGUUAAGCUAGGUUUGUGGCUUGCAAGGAGCAUGCUUGCGCAAGCAAGGGUGCACAGACACGAGUGAUGUAAGUGUCAAUGGGGCAGUGGCAUGGCGGCGCAGACGCAAGACGCCAAGCUAGUGCACCUGAAUGGCGUAGAUUUUCUGGUUGAUGGUUUCCUCUUCAAGCGUCCGGAGGUGAAGCAUUAUGUGCUCACGCACUUCCACAGUGACCACACGGUGGGGCUGACCAGGGGCUUUGAUUCUGGAACUAUCUAUUGCACGGAGGUGACGGCAGCCUUGAUCAUAAACAUGAUGGGCGUGGACCCUGCUCAUGUCCGUGCAUUGCCUUUGGAGCAGACGGUGGAGGUGCAAGGAGUCUCCUUGACCUUCGUGGAUGCUGGGCAUUGCCCUGGCAGCGCCAUGGCGGCUUUUGAGGCCCCGGGCGUGGAUGGCGUGAUCCUCCACACCGGUGACUGCCGCGCCUCCAAUGACACCCGCACGCAGCUGCAGCGCUGGUUAGCUGGCCGAAGUGUCGAGGAGCUCUUCCUGGACACGACCUACUGCUCGGCGCGGUGGCGCUUUGUGCCGCAGGCUGUGGCGUGUGAGUGGCUGCAGGAGAUCACCCGAAGAGAGCUGGAACGAGAGCCCAAGACGCUCUUCGUGGUCGGUUGCUACCAGAUUGGGAAGGAGCGCGCGGCUGCGUCGGUGGCCGCUGCUGCCAAGUCCCCAGUCUUCGUGGAGCCGCGCCGGUGGAAGGUGAUCCAACUCGCAGGCUGGGGCGAUGCUGAGCUGUGCGAAGGGCAGCGCUUGUGGAGUAUCGACAAGGAGGGCUGCUGCGUUUGGAUGUGUGCGCUGGGCGGACUGGCGCAUGAUGUCCUGAAGCACUUCUUGGAUUCAACGAAGGGGCAGUUCGAGGCCGUCGUGGCCUUCAGCCCCACUGGGUGGUCCUGGUCGAAGGGCAUGGCGCAGGGGAGCACUGGCUGCCGCUGUUGGGCGGAAAACGACGGCCGCACGCGGGUGUACAGUGUUCCGUACAGCGAGCACAGCUCCUUCGACGAGCUCCAGGCCUUGGUGCGGCAGCUGCGGCCGAAGCGGCUGAUCCCCACCGUGAACUCCGAGACUCGUGAGAGCAAGGAGCGCAUGAUGGCGCCCUUCCUGGAUGUCUUGGACCUCAAGGGCGACCCAGAGCGCAUGGACCACUACCUCAGUGGAGGGAGCUCCAGCUCAUCUUCGAAGCCGGAGGUCGAUGCCUCCUUCGUGGAUGUCUUGUCCUUGAGCGCUUCCUGCGAGAGGAGCCAGCUGAAGUCGGAAGCGUCGAACGAUGUGAGCCAGCUGAGUUGGCAAGGAAAGCUGGCAGCGAGGCGAGGCCUUGAUGUGAGGCAGAUCGCCCUGGAUUUAGACUCGGAGGAUUCGACGACCACCGGUGGCACCAGCUCGCCAAGUGGAUCGCGUGUCUUCGACGGCCCCAAGGUGGUGGACCUGGACUUGGAGGCCAGUGAGGACGCCAACGAGGCGGGGCAGUCCAUCGAGGCCAACGAGGGGGAGGUGUUGGACGAUCUGCGGCACGUGGACGUCGAUCAGCAGAAGAGGCUCCUGCGUUACUUCGAGUCCUCGCAGCGCUCGUCUCAGACUCCGGCUUUGACGAAGCCGCAGCUGAAGAAGCCCAGCAAAAGCAAAGCCAAGGGCAAAGGGAAAGGGAAAGGAAAGUUGAAGGAAGCACAGGCUCCGGUCUUGAAGCACUUGGGUGUAAAACCCAAGGAGGAGCCGAAGAAGGCGCCGAAGAAGAGGGGGCCGAAGAGGGCCAACGAGCCGGCCGCCAAGAAGCCCAAGGCGGAUGGUCCAAAGGAUCCCAAGCAGCCUGGCGAGAAGCGUCCUGCCCGCUUCAUCCCCAAGCCCAGUGCACGAGUGCAGGAGCGUAUUGAUCGAGCCUUUGCACAUCGGCUCUACUUCCUGGCGCGGCAAACGGACGGGGAUGGAGAGAAGCUGGAUGUGCUGGGCAGCACAGGCAACGUCUAUCAUGUCGAGCUGCGACCUUCUGGAAAUGCUUGCUCCUGUUUGGACUUUGCCAAGGGUGGAGGUGUUUGCAAGCAUCUCCUCUUUGUGAUGCUGCGCGUGCUAAAGCUGCCCCGGGAGGACCAUCGAGUCUACCAGACGGGGCUCACUCCCUCAGAGCUGCAGCCGCUGCUGACGCUUUUCCGGACGGGCUCCUUCCAAGUGGGGGGCGAAGUGCAGGCAGAUGCCACUGUGAUGCGAGGAUACCAGCAGGCGCAGGGUGGUAGAGAAGGCUGCGCACGACAGCCGCUGCCAGCGGAUUGCCCCAUUUGCUUCGAGGAGAUUGUGGAGGGGAAGGGUGUGGACUUUUGCCGCGUUUGUGGCCACAAUGUGCACUGCGACUGCCAGCAGCGCUGGGCGUCCGCAGGGAAGAGCGAUACUUGCCCGCUGUGCCGCAGUCCCUGGAGCCAAGCCCCUCAGAGUGAGGGCGUGGUGAACCUGGCCGCCUACUCCUCCGAGCACCAAGAGGUGAACCUGGCAAGCCUCUAUCCAGAGACUCAUCGCUGGAUCCAACGCCGUGACGCGUGAGGCGUGCAACGCCGCGUCGUGCGUCGCCGUGGCGCUGAAAUGAGCGUCGCAGGCUCCACACAGGACCGAGGAGCCGGUGUGGUUCAUGCGGGCGGCUCCGAGGAGCUGGAUUGGUCCGGACACAGUGUCCUUGCCUUCCAAGCCUCGGAGGAGCGUGGAGCGUUUGGGGGACUGGGCAUCAAAAGGGCCGAGACGAAAGAAAGAACUUGUUGGGAGAAAUCUCUAUCAG